AUGAGACCACAAAAGGAAAAGUGGGACAAGGCCAAACAGGCUAUUCAGGUCAAGAUGAAUAUCUUGCAGUUUUCUGGCUUCGUCUGGCAAGAGAGUGAUGAAAAGCAGAAAGUGAAAGUGAAAGAAAAGCUUGACAAGCAUAAUAAAGAGAAGCUUUUGGAAUUUUGUGAUCUGUUUGACAUGCCAAUUGUCAAGACUUCUGCAAAGAAGCCUCAUGUCACAAACAAUGAGUUGCUUUCAGAGAAAGAACAGGAUUGGUUCAUUGAUUCCCAUGAGGAAUAUAGAAAAGCCAAAAAGCGUGAUAAGUUUAUUUUGCUUGGGCAUUCUUUUGGAGGAUAUGUUGUAUCUAAAUAUGCCUUGAAGCAUCCUGAGCAUAUACAACAUCUUGUUUUUAUGGGACCUACUGGAUUUACCUCAGAAGUUUACCAUAAAUCAGAAUGUCUUACAAAAUUCAGGGCAACAUGGAAAGGAGCUGUUAUGAGCCAUUUAUGGGAAUCUAAUUUUACUCCUAUGAAAGUAAUCAGGGAAAUUGAAUUAUAA